AGCGGCGGUCGCGGGGCGCUCGGCGGGCGCUGGCAGCGCUCAGUGAGCCGCCCGCCGCGGGGCGUUAUGAGGGAGCGGGCGGACGGCGCUGCCAGGGGGCGGCGCGGGCGGACAAUGGGUUCGUGCUGCCGGGCCGCGACGGGGACCGCGCCGUGACGGACGGGGGAGCGCGGAGCGGUGCGUUGCGCUGCGGGGAGCGCCAUGAGCUCCGCCGAAAUUAAGAAGCCGCCUGUGGCCCCCAAACCAAAAUUUGCGGUAGGACACAAGGCAACACCUCCACCCGUUGCACCGAAGCCUGAUGUUGUGCUUUCUGGUGUUUUACAAGCAUCAACAAGGAAAACUAAGCCAGCUAUUGCACCGAAACCGAAGGUUCUCAAGAGCUCAUCCAUUCCAGAAGUUAAGCCUCCAUCCUGUGCACGGAAAGGCACCAAAAGCUUUGAGGAACACAGAGGAGAUUCUUCUCAAACACUGGACCACUUGAACUAUAAAAAUGAAGUCUCAGAAGGGAGUACUGAUAACACAGCAUAUAUUCUGCCAAUGUCAACUUGCAAAUUUGAAUGCCUUCAUAAGCUUGGAAAUGGGGAGAACACUUGUAAAACUCAGAUCAUUCUUGAGCACUUUGAAAACUUAGAGAAUAUCAAAGUAGAUGAAAAAACUGCACUGGCUCUGGGGAGUAGUCCCGGUGAAAAAACAGCAAGUAAAAACCAGGUGGUUGUGAAAGCCAGCCUUUUGGAAGAGAAACUUAAAGACGUUCUAACCCAUGGUGUGUUCCCCAACAGAAGUCCUGUGAGGCACAGGUAUGCAGACAAACUUUACAAAGGGGAUGGCAACAGCUCCAGGAACGAUGUUAAAAUAGAGUUUAUGGAACUUGAGCAGUCAUCUUCUUGUAAGGUAUCUAAUGGGAAACAACAAAAUACUGGCAGUAAGCUCGCUGAAGAUGACAUUCAGACAUCUGAAACUUGUCCUGGUUUGAAUGAAAAUCACAACAGUUGUUCUUGCCUAUCAAACCAGGAAAUUCUUGAAAAUGAAAAUGUAAAUAGCAGUAGUUCGUUUUCAGGUGAAGCGGGUAUGAAAACAGACACUGAUAAAACUUCCUUUGAAACAUGUUCAGUCCUGAGCUCAAAAAUGCUUCCUACCCCUAAGCCAAGAAAGCCACGUGCUGCGUGUCUAGUCCGUCAGGAUGGCAUAGACAGCAUAGGAGAAGGAACAAAGGAACCAUCUAGUUCAGAGACUGAUUCUGUUGGUCCUGCUGAACACAGCUUUAAAAAGCCAUCAAAAAUUAACGUCCUUGGUCAGAGCGUUUGCUAUAACAAUCAUACAGAAGGGCUUAAUCCUGAAAAAUCUGAGAUAAGUCAAAGCACCGCAGACAGAAUGCAUCUGAGAAAGGAGCCUGCUGAUACCGAGGAGUCAACACUGCAAAACCUUUCACCUCAGUUAUCACACAAAACUUCUCAUUUGGUGGAAAAUGUUGAAUGUUCCUUAGAUAUAGACCAUAACUUCAGUAGCUCAGUGGAUAGGAUGACAGAUGAUUCUAGUAUGCCAGAUACUGUGGACAAAAGGACUAGCUUUAUCAGAUGUGAUGCUUUGUCCAUGAGUUUGCCAAAGCAAAUAAAACUAACUGGCAGCCAGCACUCACCUGCUACUAAUAGCCUCCAUGUUUCCCUACAAAAAGUGGAAGAUAGGGAAGCUAAAAUCAAGGACAAAAGUUCUCCAAAAGUCGUUCCUAAGAAACCACAGCGGCACAGCCUACCUGCUGCAGGAGUGCUCAAGAAAGCUGCGUCGGCAGAGCUGGUUGAGAAAAGUUCUUAUAUCUCCUCUGAAGACAAAUCAAACAGCGUUCUGGAAGGACCUCACUUCACACACACUCCGGCCAGGGAGCAAGGUGCACUGUCAUCCUGUGACAUACCCAAACAUUCCUCUGAGAAACCCGUCUGGAAGUUACCUCACCCUAUUCUUCCGUUUUCAGGAAAUUCAGAGUCAUUAAAAACUGCGAGCAUUGCUCCCAGCCUCAGCCACAUGAGUGCUGUGACAAAGCCCAGAGCCAAAUCUCUCUCUUCUGUGGACAUGGAAAGGACAGACAAGCCUUGCAAAGACACACAGAAAAAAAACAGCUUGAAAAAGUUUCUCAAUGUGAAACUGUCAGUUUGCUUAAUGAAAAGCGACUUCCAAAAAUUUCUGUCCAAAGGCAGCCAGUCAAUGGAUAGUUCUACUGCUAACCUUUCCACUGGGGAAGGGUAUGGGAAUGGUAAUAACCGGCACGUAGCAUCUGUAGGCAGUGAGAGGAAAGCAAAAUCUGCCAAGGCGCGUUCUGUAGAAAUAAGUAGUCCUGCACUGCAGAAGAAGAGGCAGAGAAACAGAAGCCAGCCUGAGAUGCGAAGUAACCAAAGGUUGGAGUCUUUAGAUGGGCACUCACUGCCUGCAGGGAAUCUGUCCCAAACGCAUUUGAAUUCUGUCAGCAGCAAUUGUGCUCCCGAAUAUGAGAACCUGCGUCACUAUGAGGAAAUACCGGAGUAUGAGAACUUGCCUUUUGCUAUGGGUGCUGGUAAAAAUCUCUGUUUGGAAUGGCAGAAUUCCAGCCGUGUGGAAGACCCAAGCGCCAGCUUGUAUGAGGUGGAGGAGUCUUUUCAAGCAGCAAACAGGCGUGUGAGAAAUGGCAGAUCCUUAGAAGAGCACCAUGAUCAUCCUGGCAUGGUAAUGGGAGAUCUUCAGUCAGAUGAGGAAGAUAUCAUGAACAGUUCUGAUGAAGAUGAUGACACGAAUUCUGAUUCCAGCAAAGGGGAGCCUGAUUCUCAAGAUCAGGGCAAGGCAGCUGGAAAGAAGACAAAAGUUUACCAUAUUGCCAAGGAGAUCAUGAGCUCAGAGAAAGUGUUUGUGGACGUGCUAAAGCUCUUACACAUUGAUUUCCGGGACGCGGUGGCACACGCCUCUAGGCAGCUCGGGAAGCCGGUGAUUGAGGACAGAAUCCUGAAUCAGAUCCUGUACUACCUACCUCAGCUGUAUGAGCUCAACCGGGACCUCCUGAGGGAGCUGGAGGAGCGACUGUCUCAUUGGCUUGAACAUCAAAGAAUUGCUGACAUAUUUGUGAAGAAGGGCCCCUACUUAAAGAUGUACUCAACCUACAUCAAGGAAUUUGAUAAAAAUAUUGCGCUGUUAGAUGAACAGUGUAAGAAGAACGCAGGUUUUGCCUCAGUAGUGAAAGACUUUGAGAUGAGCCCCCGCUGUGCAAGUCUGGCCCUCAAGCACUAUCUGCUCAAGCCAGUUCAGAGGAUUCCCCAGUACAGACUCCUUUUGACAGAUUAUUUGAAAAACCUUUUAGAAGAAUCUGCAGACUAUAGGGAUACUCAAGAUGCUCUAGCUGUUGUCAUAGAAGUUGCGAACCAUGCCAAUGACAUCAUGAAGCAGGGAGAUAACUUUCAGAAACUCAUGCAGAUUCAGUACAGUCUAAAUGGACAUCAUGAGAUUGUACAGCCAGGAAGGAUAUUUCUGAAAGAAGGAACGCUGAUGAAGCUCUCUCGGAAGGUCAUGCAGCCACGGAUGUUUUUUCUGUUUAAUGAUGCCCUGUUGUAUACUACUCCGGUUCAGUCAGGGAUGUACAAACUCAACAACAUGCUGUCAUUGGCUGGAAUGAAGGUUAAAAAGCCAUCCCAGGAAGCUUAUCAGAAUGAACUGAACAUAGAAAGUGUAGAGCGAUCCUUCAUUCUUUCAGCAAGUUCUGCUACAGAAAGAGAUGAAUGGUUAGAAGCUAUCUCCAGGUCAAUUGAAGACUACACAAAGAAGAGAAUCACGUUUAAUCCUAGCAAAAGUCUUGAAGAGGCAGAUACUGAGAAGCAGGAAGAAGCUAGCCCACUAGGAUCAAAGGCUCCUAUCUGGAUUCCUGACACCAGAGCCACUAUGUGUAUGAUCUGUACAAGUGAGUUCACACUGACGUGGAGAAGGCAUCACUGCAGGGCAUGUGGAAAGAUUGUCUGUCAAGCUUGUUCAUCAAAUAAACAUGGUUUAGACUAUAUGAAAAACCAGCCAGCAAGAGUAUGUGAUCAUUGCUUCCGAGAGCUACAAAAGCAAGAUAACCAGUGCUCUCCCAAGACCGGAUCCCCAAUCAACCAUAAAUCUCCAUCAAGUGCCUUGUCUACAGUAUUACAUAGUAUUCCCUCUGGAAGAAAGCAGAAAAAAAUUCCUGCAGCCCUCAAAGAAGUUUCAGCAAAUACAGAAGACUCUACAAUGAGUGGCUACUUACACAGAUCUAAGGGCAGUAAGAAACCAUGGAAGCACCUAUGGUUUGUUAUAAAAAAUAAGGUGCUGUACACAUAUGCUGCUAGUGAGGACGUGGCAGCACUGGAGAGCCAGCCUUUACUGGGAUUCACAGUCAGUGAAGUCAGAGAUGAAAACUCAGAGUCCAGAGUGUUCCAUUUACUGCACAAAAACACUUUAUUUUACAUAUUCAAAGCAGACGAUCCCCAUUCAGCUCAAAAGUGGAUAGAAGCUUUCCAAGAAGGCACCGUCCUAUAGCAGCGCCAGCAAGUCUAAAGCACCAUGUCCAAGGAUGACGGUAAACCAGAGUGCAGAAACUGUUAAAAGAAAUCGAAUCCUUCCAUGUCAACCUACACAGAACUGUAUAUUUGUCAGCAUUAGGAAUUGUUGAAUUUUUAGUGUAAGGUAAUAUUUUUUAAAAAAAGAAUUGUGUGUAUUUCUGUGUUGAUAAAAAAUGUGUUAUUUAUUAAAUUCCAGUGUUUACUUUGACGGUCAAAAUUGUGAGGUCUGCAUUGAGGCCCAGAGUGUCUUCAGAAUGGCAGGUGGUUGGUCAACAUAUCCUUCAAGUUUGUGCUUCUAUUUAAAGAGACAACAGCAAAUCUAUUGUAAUUGUGUAAUUUCUCAUGGUUUGUGUAUAGGCCUCCAGCUGCCGAUACACGGCUUGCAAUGUAGCAGGAACAGAUCAGAAUAGGAACUUUAAAGAUUGCGGAUCUUUGUUGGCUAUAUAAACUCCUUGAUGAGAAGUGUAUGACAAUGCAGCUCCUUGCCUUGAAUAGCAGUUGAACUCUUGCAUAUGGAUUAAAGUAGUACCACAAAUCAUGUGUCACAGAGAUGAAGCACUGGAGCUUCUACAGUCCUACAGAUACCAAAGAGACUAUAAACGAGUUACAUUCAAACAAUUUCAGGAUCUGUUUUCUUUUUUCACUAGUAAUUUAAAGCAGUUUUGUUUUUUUUUUAAACUAAAAUAUUUGUGUGUGUGCAUUAUUUGUUUCCAAACCGUGUCAAAUGACUUCUGUCUACAGUAGGAAAGACUGUGUCGCCUAUUGUUCAGAGAACACUAAACACACGUAUGCAGCCCUUCUGCCAAAAGCUUAAACCAUUGUAUAUUUAAAUGCUAUGUUUAAACUGGAAUUGCCAUAGCAAGAAAACACAGCUUUUUGUAGUGCAGAUGGCAUGGAAGUGUAUACGAUUAUUUGUAAUACUUGUUGUUUACACUAUGAUUUGUUCUGUUUGACACUUUAAAGAAGAUCCUUUAUGAAAAUUAUCAGUAUACCUCAAUGGAAAAUACUUGCUGAUGAUUUUGGUGCAUUUAUUCUACUUAUAUGUUUUUAAAAAAUCGCUAACACUGUAAUAGCAUAAAUGGAACUUGGAACUAUGAAGACCACAUGAUAGGAAGCCAUUUUUAUGUCAAAAGCAAUGCACGUGUAGCCAGUUAAUUACGCUGUAUGCAACACCGUCCUCUCUACUCAACUUCAAUAGUCCUCUCAAGCUCGUUGUGGGAGCAGGAUUAAGAGCGAUUAACUUUCAAAUUAAUAGCUUUAAUCCACAUUGAUAGCUGUAUUAAGGCCUCACAAAGGAAAGAAAAUGAUGAUCAAACAGUAGUGGUCACAAAAAGGCCAAGAAUGAAAAUGUGAACCAAAACUCAUGUGCCCUCAAAUACCUCAGGAUCAGGUCUAAGGUCAUAACACAGACAGCUCUGGGGAGAUCUGUGUUCCAGAGCUUCCGAUAAAUUCACUGUGAGCUUCAGAACCAGUGCUUAAGUAUGUGACAAAUGUUACUGACUUCAGGCAUUUCAGCGGAGUGCGUUUCUGAAUCAGGGAUUUAAGGCUGUAGAUUUGGCUUUUGUGGUGAAUGCUAAAGAUUUGACCAGGUAGCGUUUGAAAUUCAGUGGGAGCUGGAACAAAGCCUUUAAUCACUUACUUUAUACAAAUACAGUAAAUGGAUUUUCUUCUCUUCUUAUAUAUAAAGGGCUUUUACUCAGCCUUUCAAAACCAGCGGGUAACUGAAGCCAAGUAAGCUAUUGCGUGUCUCUUCAGGGUGAUUUCUGACAUUGGUUUUACCUGAAAUAAAUCUGAUGCCAUUGUAACAUAGAUGUGAUGUAGCUGUUCUGGUUGAUGUUAUCCAGGGGAAGAACUGCUUAGUAUUUCUAUAUGGGCUGUGCACCAACAUGAAAUGGCAAAUGAUGAGGAAUUUGGCUAGAAGCAAGUUUGAUUUAUGUCCUAAGGCUGAUUUCCUUGCUGCAAAACUGACAUAGAGCAAUAAAAGUCAUAACACAGGCUGAGCACAGUGCCUGAGUUCUGCCUCACGUGGCAACAAACUACCUCUCAGUGACUAGGUGCAGUGAGCAAACACUUGAGCAGUUCUGUACAAGUCAAGAGGACUCCUCCAGAAACAGCUGGUCAGUCAACACAUGGUGACAGAAACGGAUUUGAGCAGAGCCUUAAAAGCCACAGUGCACAUAUUGCUGUCUAACUAUGUGUGAAAUAAAUGACAUUGUCUUGAUGAGCAUGGUUGAAUAUUUCUUUUCCUCUUUAUCCAGCAGUAGUGCUUUGUAUCAGACGGUUGCUUUUCAGGCUGUUAGCCUGUUUCUCCAUCCACCCUGCCUCCCAUCUUCAUUCACUGCCAUCAGAAGUAACGGCACUUCUAGAUUCCACUCUUACAGCAGCAAAUUCAACCAGCAGUUCUUAAACACCUGGCUACCUCUUCUUAAAUGCAUCUGUAAUUAAUAAUGCAAGGCUGGUUAGUAGAGAACGAGACGAACAUUAGCAUGGAGAUUAGUUCUAGGAUCGUUAUUCUUGGGUAAAUGAAAGGUCUGUGGUAAUGAAUUGCCUUUAAGAAAUCUUGGACUUAAAGCUUUCUUUUAUCCCCAGAGGACUUGAAACAAAUGGGUAGCUGAGCAACCAUGGAACACAUUUUAUUAGAUAAGUCGUGUGUGCGAACACUGAUUGCCAACUUAUGUAUGUUAUGUCAUAAUGGAAAGAGAUGUUUGGAAAGAUACGGUCAAUGCAUUUACUUGCCAUUACUGCCGUCCCUUGUACGUACCAUCUGCAUACUUCCUUAUUUGGAGUAGUCAUAAACUGUGCUGUCGAAAGGAUAGGAUCUUUAUUUUGUAAAUGAAAACAGCUCAAAGUUGUUGUAAAUAUUCCUGUGUAUAUGUAUCAUUUUUGUAUAAACAAAUUCACAUUA